GGUCUUUUGCACUUCCCCUCCUUUUUGCCCAAACAGCUACAACUCACGGGGAUUUGAGAAGUGCUACACAACGACUUUUUUUCGGUUUUGCAUAGCCAGUAAACAGAGAGGUUUUGCGUUGAAAACAAACAUGUCGCACACAAUUUUGCUUGUCCAGCCAACCAAGAGACCAGAGGGCCGCACAUACGCUGACUAUGAGUCAGUGAAUGAGUGCAUGGAGGGUGUUUGCAAAAUGUAUGAAGAGCAUCUGAAGAGGAUGAAUCCAAACAGUCCCUCCAUUACUUAUGACAUUAGUCAGUUGUUUGACUUUAUUGAUGACUUGGCAGAUCUGAGCUGUCUUGUAUACAGAGCUGACACUCAAACAUAUCAGCCGUACAACAAAGACUGGAUAAAGGAGAAGAUAUAUGUCCUGUUGCGGCGCCAGGCUCAGCAAGCGGCAAAGUCAGUUUGACAUGGGGAAUUAUUUCAUGUUGUAUCAAACAUGGGGGAGAGAGUUGGGAAAGAUUGGUUUACCUGAGAACUUUGGGGAUUUUCUUUUUGGAAAUGUCAUUCUUGACAGCAUGUGUGUGUUUGUAAUUUGUUACAAAAAGCCCUUUUCAGACAUUGCUUCACCAGUAAGUUAAAGUGACCAAUGUCACAUUCAGACACAGGUCACUUUUACAUCACUGUCCUUUGCAGCUUGAUUCAGACACAUAAGUUGUUUUCACACAUGCACUGCAGCCUCUCUUGACAUUACCUGAGCGAGGUGCACGUAAGAACUCAAAGGUAUGAUGCAGUUAGAUUGGACCUUAAAUGGACUUCAGCUUGCCAGCCCCCAAGGACAAAGUUUCUGUGAUGUGCAUAUGAACCUAGUAGUCGUACUGUGUCUUGUCUCCUGGAUACUGUAAUCAGGCAGCUUUCUUACCUAAACCACUCAGAAUAUUUCCAGUAGUGAAAAUUAGAUAUAAAUCCUGCUUUGUCUUACAUUUGAGAAAGAAAAUGUCAAAAUUUCCUGAUCUGAUCCAAAAUUUUCCAGAGUCUGUGUGUGAAAACAGCUACACUUAUGACUGUGUCAGAGAAUGUCUCUACACUCACAGUACAUUUGCCAUGCAUGCCAAAGUUGUGCUGCAUUUGUGGCACCGAGUAUUGUAGAGCAUUUUCAGGUGAACUAAGCCAGUUGAAAAGAUGCAUGAGAGACAUGUGCAAUCAUAAUAUUGUGUGUGCUUGUCUGCUAACUGCAUUCAUUCAUGUUCUUUCCAGUUUUGAAAGUAAUACAUGGAAGUUGCAGCCUACAUAGCUUGCCAUCCUUACUUUAACUCAUUUAGAUAUGAAUCUGACAUACCAUCAGAAUACUUGAAAGGAAUACGUGUAUGAAAAGGGCUUCUUUUUUUUUUUUUCUUUGUAAAGACAACAUUGGCCAUUUGACAAAGGGAGUGUUUUCAUAUUAUGCUCAAACACUGGCAAAAGAGGUUUGAAAAAUGGGGUUAAAUUGUAAAUUUUGUGCUUUGUACUGAAAAAUGGGGUAAUUUUUUGAAAGUAUGAUGAGAAAAAUGGGGCAAGAAUGCACCUUCUUUGGUUAACUCGUUGAUUGGGAUCCAGCUGGGAGAAGCAUGCCAUGGGCUAGAUAAACCAUGUCCCUAAAGGUUUUUUUUUUUUUUUUUUUUUUGUAUAAAUAUAACUUUUCAUGCGAGGAUGAAUUUCAACAGGGUUGUGGACUGUGAAAGCAGCCGUUUUAUUUUUGAAUUAGAUCAAUGGCUGGAGACUGAAUAUCACGUGAAUCUAACACAACCCAGGAGAUUUGUUACUAUAAUUAAUACCAGUUUUUGAGUUGUCAUUAUGUUUAAAAAGCCUACUAUUGUGAUAUAAAAAGUUUUGUAACCCUGUUGUUUUGCAUAACAUCUAAACUCAACUCUCCAUUUCUGUUUUCUUUCAUUUUAACAAAAUAAAACAAUUGUUUCUGA